GCCCCACCUCCAGCGCGCAAGAUGGCGGCGGCAAUGAUCGGCCGAGGCGCUCUCCGCGGCAACAUCUCAGUCCGCUUUCCCGGCACCAGGCGGUUCUUCAGCUGUGGAUCAAAUGUGUUGCUGCAAGAGAGCAAAGUUCCGCAAGCUGCAUUCUUUUCACCUCUUCAAAAAGUGAUGUUGCCACCAAAUUCCUUUCAAGGAAAAGUGGCAUUUGUAACUGGUGGAGGUACUGGGAUUGGCAAAGGCAUCACAACAGCUUUGUCCAGUUUGGGUGCCACAUGUGUCAUAGCAAGCCGAAAGCUAGAUGUUCUGAAAGGAACGGCAGAAGAAAUUUCUUCUAAAACGGGGAAUAAGGUCCAUGCCAUCCAGUGUGAUGUGAGAGAUCCAGCUUCUGUUAAGAAUGCUGUUGCUCAAUUAAUUCAAGUGGCAGGACAUCCUAAUGUUGUGAUAAACAAUGCAGCAGGAAACUUUAUUUCCCCUUCUGAACGACUUUCUCCUAAUGCGUGGAAAACUAUAACUGAUAUUGUGCUUAACGGUUCCGCCUUUGUAACUUUGGAAAUUGGAAAGGAACUCAUUAAAGUACAAAAAGGAGCUGCAUUCCUUUGUAUUACAACCAUUUAUGCAGAGAGUGGUUCAGGAUUCGUGAUGCCAAGUGCCUCUGCCAAAGCUGGUGUAGAAGCAAUGAGCAAGUCUCUUGCAGCUGAGUGGGGUAAAUAUGGCAUGAGAUUCAACGUGAUUCAACCAGGCCCAAUAAAAACAAAGGGUGCUUUUAGCCGCCUUGACCCAACUGGCGUAUUUGAGAAGAAAAUGAUUGAGAGGAUUCCCUGUGGCCGUCUGGGAACUGUAGAAGAAAUUGCAAAUCUUGCUGCCUAUCUCUGCAGUGACUAUGCAAGCUGGAUUAAUGGAGCAGUUAUUAGAAUGGAUGGUGGAGAAUAUGUUUUUAUGGCAGGAGAAUUCAAUCAUUUGAAAGAGGUUACCAAAGAGCAGUGGGAAGUGAUGGAAGCAAUGAUUAGGAAAACAAAAGGCUCUUAAAGUGCCUAACUGCAGGGUGUUGACUUCUGACUUCUGGAAAUAAAUCACUAUUAAUUCAUGAAUAUUUAGAAAUAACCAAAUGAGAAAGUGGCCUUCAAAAUCUUUGAAUGUUGAUUUCAGUAAAAAUAUUUUGAAGUUUUCA